UAUUUCGCCCCACGCGGCCACGCCCGCCUCUGAGCUCUCUGACGCCUCUUACGUACGGGAGCCGUGAUCUUUUCUUUGUCCCGUUACUCCCCCCCCCCUCCCCCACCCGACGUUGAGGGCAAUGACGGUGGAGUGACUGGAGUCCGCCGGCGAUCCAGCGAAGGACGAGGUAUCGGCGGCGUCUUGCCCGUCGGUGCCCAAAUCGGAGAUGAGCCCGGAGGACGAGAUCCGUGCCGUCGCCCGCAUGUUCUCGGACCAGCCCGUCCAGAACCCCGACCCUGGCGUCUGGGCCGUCCUUACCGCCAUCUCCAAGAACGCGCGCCAGCGUCCCCAGGGAAUGAACAUUCUUUUGAGUGCGGAUGAGCAUUGCCUGGGCCGAUGUGUAGAGGAUACGCGUUUCCAGAUUGGAGCACUUGCAGUUAGUGCUAAACAUUGCAGAAUUUUUCGGGACAGAAUAGCGGCUGCAGAUGGAGGGCUGGAUCCCAAUUUGCCUGUGCCAGUUUUUCUAAAAGAUACAAGCACAAAUGGGACGUAUCGCAACUGGACAAGGCUAAGAAAACAUUCUUCUCAAGUUAGACUUCAGCAUGGGGAUAUAAUAUCUUUUAUUGCUCCUCCUCAUGAUGAUAACUCUUAUGCAUUUGUAUAUCGAGAAGUGCAAAAAACCACUUCCUUAGCAAAUGGUGCAGUUUUGAAAAGAAAGUCAGAGGAUGUUGUUGCUGAAAGCAAGAGGCUGAAAGGUAUUGGCCUUGGUGCACCUGAUGGCCCAGUUUCACUAGAUGAUGUACGAAGCCUUCAACGGUCUAACACGGAGCUCAGGCAGCAAUUGGAAUCUCAUGUUCUCACAAUUGAGAACUUGCGUAGUGAAAAUCGGGCAUCCAUUGCUCGACACGAAAAUGAGAUGAAAGAGCUAAAGGAGGCGGUGUCAAAUUCUUUUCUUGAUCAAAUUAAAGAGCUGCAGCAUGUGUUAGAUGAGCAGCAGAAAGAAGUAGAAAUGCUCAACACAUUGUCAGCCGAACUACGAAAUUCAGUAAAAGAUCUUAAUGAAAGACUUAGUGCGUCCAUGCAAUCACGGGUUGAUGCUGAUGAGAUAAUUCAGAGUCAGAAAGCGACUAUAUCUGAACUUGAGUCUCAGUUAGAUGAAGAAAGAAACUUGAGAAGGGAGGAGCGAGAAAAGGCUGCAGCAGACCUAAAAUCUGCAUUACAUAAAGCUCAUUCAGAGGCUCAAGAGGAAAUUAAGCGACAAGCUGAUGUUUACACAAGACAACAUAAAGAACAGCAGGAAGUCAUCAGUAAGCUUCAGGAAUCAGAAAAAGAAAGUCGUUUGCUUGUGGAAACACUAAGAUCUAAACUGGAAGAUGCAAGGGAAAGCCUUGUGAUGUCCGAGAAAAAAGUGAGACAACUGGAAGUCCAGGUUCAAGAUGAACAACUAACCUUAGCUAACUGUAGAAAGAAAUCAGAAAUGCUGGAGUCUGAAUUAAAAGGACUGAAGAAGGAACUUGAAAGUGAAAAGCAGGUGGCCCGAGAAGAGGCAUGGGCAAAGGUCUCAGCCCUUGAGCUUGAAAUAGCUGCUGCGAUUCGUGAUCUUUCUAUUGAGAAACAAAGGUUCCAAGGAGCGAGGGAAAGAAUAAUUCUGCGGGAAACCCAAUUGCGUGCUUUCUAUUCAACAACUGAGGAGAUUACUGCAUUGUUUGCGAAACAGCAGGAACAGCUGAAGGCAAUGCAGAAGACUUUGGAGGAUGAGGAUAAUUAUGAUAAUGCAUCAAUAGGCAUUGAUCUGAAUGAACCAGCACUGAGAAAUGUAAAUGUGGCAUUUGUCAGUCAAAGAGAAGAAGCAGCUCAACCGAGCAACAAAACGAGAGAAGCUUCCGGUGCUUCUACUCCAAAGAAUGCCCAAACCAUGAAUGACAGUUCUGAUGAUGAUGCCAGCACUACAGAGAAGCAUGAUUGUGACCUGGGAAGCCAAGAUGGCAAUACCCAAGAUUUAGAAUGCACGAAUGCAGAUCGAUUGGUUAAAGAAUUUGGUCCAGACAUGUAUGGUGUUAGCCCAGCAGUGGUUCCUGAUGGGGAGCCUACAGACACUGAGCGAGUUCUUGGAACAGAAAGCCAAGCUGGUGAUGCUUGCUUGGAUGAACGAAACACUGCCUUGCAAGAAUGCGGCAAUCUGGGAGGAGACACGAUGCAGCUUGAUGAUGAAGCCCAGGUCCAGGAAAACACGCAACCUACUGGGAAACUUGAAGGCCUAAUUGGUGGUUGCUCCAAGUCAAGACUGGAGGAUGCAGAGACUGGUACAAUCAGGACUGCUGAUCUUUUGGCCUCUGAAGUUGCUGGGAGCUGGGCAGUGAGCACAGCUCCUUCUGUCAAUGGAGAGAAUGAAUCGCCAUGGAGCAUGGGUGAUCCUGGAGCUGGUGGCGAAGACGCUGGAACUGCUGCUGCUACCGCUGCACUGUUGGCUGGCUCUGAUGGCCAGGCAGCAAGGAGCCAGAGGAAUGGUGUUGAUGCAAUCCCCAAGCUGAGAAAGGAACAUCAGGUGCUGAAUGCGAUGAUUGAAAUAAUUGCCCCUGAUUUUAGGAAACAGUUCCAGGGUGGCAGAGGGGGAGAGAAGAAUGAGUCCAUGUCUGAUGCAGAAACUGAGGGUAGCAACAAUGGUGAUGCAUCUAAUAGUAAUACGGAAGAUGCCUCCGAGGAUGGUGCUGCAGAUGAUGACAAUGAAGUGAUGAUUGAAGAUUCUGUUGGGUGAAUAUGAAAAUGGAGAUGAGACAAUGGGCAAGGUAAUCAUGGUUCAAGUAGGUUUUUUUUUUUUAAUUGUAGAUAUGUGAAUAAAUUUUUGCCAUAUAUGUAGCUGUCAGAAGGCAAGACUUUUUUUUGCAAUGAAGUGAAAUUUCUCAUGCUUUCAGUGGUGUGUUUUGGCUCGACAUAAGAUGUUCCUAACCAUUCAAAGUGAAAAAUGGUGAUGUAUGAGCUGCAAUUUUCAAGUAUUCAAGCAAUUUCAGAUCUUGAUAGUCAGGUUUGCUGGCUGAUCAGAUAUGUAACAGCUCUAACCUAGGUUCAUUUCUUUGGGCCCAAGCAGAAUAUAUCUCGGUU